GAGGGAAAAUUUAAUUUGUGCUGGUGGUAAGGAGGAAUCAGUAUCUCAGAUGUUUUGAAAGCUGAAGACGGGAGGAUGUUGACUCUUGCUCUCUCAUAACAUUACCUACCUGAGUCCUCAAGAGUCCUCUCCUGUGGUCCCCUCAGCUCCAAGGAUGGUAUUAGAAUCUGCACUUGGAUGGUACCAGGGACGAAUAGGUCUCUAUGAUAAACAGUCAUGGGAAACAACGGUAGAACAAAGAAUACUCCAAGGUCUCUCCUAUACUCCACGCAAAACGGCAAAGCCCAAGACGGAAUUUAUUGAUGUAGACUUAGUGCGAGGUUCAACAUUUCCCAAGGCAAAGCCACAUUCAGGAUUGUGGCUAGCUGGCCUGUAUGGUGUUGCUCGUAUUAUUUUUAUCCCGUUUUAUUUUCACUGGUGGAUUCAUGAAACUUCCUGUGCUGGAUUCUUUGCAAUUCUUUCUAUGUACUGCUCUAUUUUCUUUUGUGGUGCAAUUCUGGUAACAUAUAGACACCAUGAAGGGGUUAUCAAGGAAGUUCCAGUGUUCGAGGUGUUGGUUCCUGCAGCUGUGCUGGUAAUGUUGAGUGUGAUCCACUCCCAGAUAGUGUGUACACGACAUACUGGAAUAUCUUCGCCAACUCACACCAACAGAUCUUUGGAAGUUCGUUCCUGCAGGAGAAUGAGACCCUUGCGACGAAGUUCCUCACUUUCUGGGAGAGGAAAAUGUGUAUUUUGUAGCUGCUGUAAGCGGGAUACGUCAAGACUCCAUACUCAUUUUACCAAGAAACACACAAAUUCAGUGAAAAAUAAAUCGCCAUUUAAAACUUACAGAAUCCGAUCAAACCUUUCUUCUUCAGAAGCCUUAGACUGGAACAUCCAGGGAUCUCCUGCAGCAAUCAUAACCUCAACAUCUAAUAUGUCUGUUAAAGGUGACCCUACAAAAGUCUUUAAUAAUCACUUGAAGGCAUUUGAAUGUCUGGGGAAGACACCUCAUGGGGCCACUCCUUCAAGGAUGGGGAGUUCCCACAGGGAGUACACCACCACAGAUAUAGUUAGCUGCAAGAUUUGGGAAGGAGUAGAAGCAAAAAAAGUCGAUCUUUCGGUACUGGAUAUCUCGUCUGCAGUCAUCUCCAAAGUGGACAGUUUACAACACACAACUCAUUAUCUGCAGUUUGGUCUGACUAUGGCUACGGUGAUUGCUCUAGUACCCAGCAUCUACCGUAUAGACUACUCUGCAUUAGGGACAGUGCUAGAUACUGUAGUUACUAAUGGAUCUCUAGCAUGGAUUCAAGCUCUUCAAGAGACUACAGGGAAAAUUUUCAUGGGACUGCUGGUCGUUGAUGGAUGGAAAUAUGAUCUACCACACUUCAGGCUGAACAAAGUGCACAAUAUUAAGACAUGGCUCUCAGUUAGAUCAUGUUUAAAGAAACGGGGACCCCAGCGAUCAGUUGACGUUAUUGUGUCUGCAACAUUCAUUAUUACUCUCUUGCUUGUGUCAUAUCUCUGCUUUGAAUUGUUGAAGGAAGAUGAAAAGACUCAUCAUUCAUUAUACACCUAUGAAUUAUUCUUUUGGUGUUUUGCAAUUGGUAUCUACCUAAUUCGAUUCAUGACGUUGGGUGCCAUGAUCAACAAGAAAUACUCUAGUCUCUCUGUUCUUAUCACAGAGCAGAUCAAUAUGUAUCUACACAUGGAGCAGAAACCACAGAAGAAAGAUGAACUUACACUUGCCAACAAUGUUCUUAAACUUGUUUCUGUGCUUCUGAAGGAAUUGGAGAGUCCCUUCAAGAUUUCUGGGCUGUCGGCCAAUCCUCUCCUCUACAAUAUAACACGUCUUGUUGUCCUCUCAGCAUUCGGUGUUCUUUCGGAUCUACUUGGCUUUAAGCUUAAGUUGCAUAAAAUCAAGUUCAAAGAGUGAAGUUUAUCGAAUGUUUAGAUGUAAGUAUAGAUCUAUACUUUACUUUAGCCUCGGUCUCUUACAAGGACUGGAAUGAAUAUAAUUAUUUUUGGACUUUUAGAUGGAGUUGAAUGAAUAUAAUUAGGUUUUCAGAAAAAACUAUGGCAGUUACAAAUUUCACUAUGUUUUUUUCUGCAAAUCAUAAAUCAUGGGCAUUUGUGAUUCAACUGCAUUAUUAAAUAUAAAUCAUCUUUGUAAAUGCAGUUUAUACACUUGGUGUGAACUAUAAUGGAUUUAAAUUACUCUAGAUGAAAUAAAGAGAACUGUUUUUACAAUUUUCAACUGAAUAAUACUCAGUCCAUAAGCUACAUACAUAUUUUAUUUUGUGAUGAUCAUAGCUUAAGAUCAGUGCAUGGUACGUGUUGUGUUAUCUUACUUUCAAUGUUAACUUUAUUGCUACAAAAUAUGUUAAAUGUAAUGUUCAUGUUUGCACUGGGUUUUCAGGAGUUCAAUAAUAAGUUAAUGAAUAGUUCCUACUGAAACUAUUAAAGUAAAUGAUGAAUUCAAAAUAAUUGAUUUAAUUACUCAGUAAACUUAUUUAUGUACAGUAGGACCUCAUUUAUCUGCACACCUAUCAACUAAAAAUAAUGAUUUGAAAAAAUUAAUCAAAUUAUGUUUGUGUCCCUUUACCAGGAAAACAAUUACAUUAAUCAGAGAUGGCUUUUUCUUUUUUUUUGCUGCAGCUUUUCCAGUGCACUAAUCCAUGCUCCCUGCUUUGAAAUGGCCAAGUUUACAAGAUAUUUUUUGUACAUUACAUUACAUUCUAGUUAUACAGCAGUGGUUGAUCAGAAGUAUUGUUCUACUCCCUUUCUUAAUGUUGGUGAUUAUAUUCAGGAAGACAGCAACAGAUAAGGUGUUGACUGUGUGUUGUGUCCUGAGAAUGAUUGAAAGGGAAGGCUGCCAUACUAUACUGUAGCACCUCUUAUUAACUGAGAAUAUCAGUUAAUAAGGAAUACCCUUUGACCUAAGCAAGAGAAGUGUCUUGAUACCAGUGAAGAACUUGUAAUCCAAGGAAUUGGAUCUAACUAGGGUUGAAUCUGAUUGCCUACCAUUCCCUCAGGUGCUGUAUAACCCUUACAGGUUUAGUGUGCCUCCACGAUUAUAAUACCAUUUUUGACUGAUGCAGACAAAUAUUUCGGUGUAAAAAUGAAGAAUAAAAUAUAGCAGGACCUCAUCUGUCAGAAACAGUAUCACGAUUUUUCAAGCAAUGCAAGCAGAAAGUUGCAUGAAGUCUGUGUAGUGCUUGAUUCCUGGUAUUAAAAAAUUAUACCAUAGUUUUUUGAGCUGCUUUAUGGUGUACAUUGUUGGAAUUCUUUAAUAGUUUUUAUAUAUUUGAAUGCUUAUAUUGUGUGCAAACAUUUAAUAAUAAUUUAAUGAUUUUGUGUUGGUGUAGGAAAUCAAUUUUAAGAUUCUAAUGAAAUUCAACCACAUUUUAAUUAUUUGUUAAUUUAGUAAUAAGCAACAUGCUUUCAGACUUUCUCAUUAUAGGUUUGUUUUUAGUCUCUCUGUUAUGUGUUAAUUGAAACUGUGAUGACUUUAGUCAGAUUCUGAAGAUGUGUCUUUCUUAUUGUCACAUCAUAGAGCAUAUCGGUUUUAUUCUAGUCACAGCUCUGUAUGUAUACUUCUCUAACUGGUUUAAUUGUGUACUUACUAUAUUUCAUGGCAUUGAAGACACUGUUUUAAGUCUCGAAAAUUUACCCAGCAUCUUGGAGGCCAAAGGUUACAUUGUUCAUAGGCCUCAGCCUAAGCCUAGAGAAGUGUUUUGAUACUGAACCAAUGACUCAAGAAAUCGUAAUGACACGAUUGCAAAUAAACCAUACCCCCGGCCGGGAUUGAACCCGCGGUCAGAGUCUCAAAACUCCAGCCCGUCGCGUUAGCCACUAGACCAGCUAGCCACAAUAAGAUUCAUCCAACUAGGUAUAUUUCU